AUGUGUUUGUUUUGUCUUUUAUCUUUUAUACAGACACAGAGUUUGAUCACUGAAUCUGGAUCUGGAUUCCUGGACGAAAAUGGAGUCUGUUACUGCACCAUCAACCUCCCAGAUACCACCUUUCCGGCUGACCGCUUUGAGAAGUUGGAGAUAGCAAACCGCAAUCUGACAAUCACUGUGGAGAAGGAAAUUACUAAGAUCUACAUCUAUCAGAGUACAUUGACCGUGUACAUAGAGCAGAUGAAGAACCUGACCAAACGUGUGGAGAUCAUGGAGAACGGAGGUCUCUCCUACACUGAACUAGACUUUGAGCUCAUCAAGUUGGAGAUCAAAGAGAUGGAGAUCCUUAUAGUGCAGCUGAAAGAGUCAUUUAAUGGCUCCAACGUCAUAAUAGAGACUCUCUACCAGGAGAUCCGUAACAUUUCCAUCAUGGUGAACCAAUUAGAAAUCUAUGAUAAGAACAAUGUGCUGGUGAUCAGACGAGAGAUUGAAUCUCUGAAGAAACGCCUGGAAGAGUGUGAGAAGAACAAUACAAAACCAGAGCAUCCUUCCCUUCCUUCACCAGAUAUUGGUACUUGUGAAGAUGGACAAAUCAUCAAUGAUAUCAGCGAACCAUUUCUGAUCCAAUUAACCUUGAUGGGAGACAAAUAUUUGUAUGGAGGAUGGGGGAGAGAUUCACUACUAGGUGCUGAUCAGAACCUCCAGUGGGUGGCUCCUCUAAGAACCGAUGGAAGGGUUAUGGAUUAUCUGUAUACCUACUCUUCAUUUAGUAAUCUGAGAAUCUAUAGAGCUCAUACACAGAAGUACUUUAUAAGGGCUUCUGAUUUUGGUCAAGGUGGUGGAAUGAUCUUGUACAACAACAUGUUGUACUAUAACUGCUAUGACACCUUGAACAUCUGUAAAUAUGACCGGGCAAAUGAUGUGCUCACCAGAGCAGCUCUCCCUGGUGCCACAUAUACAAACAAAUUCUCCUAUUCAUAUGCUGCUUGGCAGGACAUUGACUUAUCAGCUGAUGAAGAGGGUCUUUGGGUCCUUUAUUCAAAUGAGCAGAAUCAUGGAAAUUUUGUUAUCAGCAAACUUAAUGCUACCAGUCUUGCAGUACUGCAGACCUGGACCACCAACCAGUACAAACCUGGAGUCAGCAAUGCUUUCAUGGUGUGCGGGGUCUUGUAUGCUACUCGAGGCAUCAGCACAAGGCAAGAAGAGAUCUUCUACAUGUAUGAUACCAAAACUAAUAAAGAAGGAAAGCUGAGUGUCAUUUUUGAUAAGCCAACGGAGAAAGUGCAAAGUAUGUCCUAUAAUCCUAAUGAUCACAGGCUCUACAUGUUUAAUGAUGGUUUCAUGGUCUAUUAUGACCUCUCUUUCACUUUGCUAUCCAAACCCAAAUCUAAAAUUAUACAUUCCAAAACUAACCCUAUCCAAAUCAAAUAG